CCUUCACUAAACUAGCGUAGCCUGGGGACCGGUAGGUCCGGAAGAAAAUUACUAUUCUGAAAAAAAGGUAUCCGCUAAUAUAAUCAUGUAUGUACAGUUUCAUAUUUGGCAAAAACGAUAGACCCAUAAAGACACCGGUGAUGGAAAGAAUGUCUCGGAAGGAGCAAACUGGACCGGCUUCCGUAUGAAACCAGCGCACAUUACAGGGAAGCAUCGGACAAGUACUCGCAAAGUGCACUUGAUUUGACACCACGUACUAUAGAGACUAGUUUUUUUUCCUCUGUUCCCACCUUGUGUUUUGUGGAUUUUUUGGAAUAGACGUCGUCUUGUGGGACACCCUUUUGGGUUUUUUCAGUCACCCAUACCACGGUUUCUUUUUAAACUGGAUUGGUCAGCAGCUGGCAGCUAGUGCUGCAUAAUUUGAAACCACCCACAAAUGUCCUCAGAGGUGGUGUCUGAAGUGCAGGUGUCUCUGAAGGAACUUCCCAUGGACAGCUGGAUGGAUCACCUGCCCUGUGCUCUAUGGGACGUUCCCUUGAGGAACCUAGCUAUACCAGGAAGCCAUAAUGCCAUAACCUACUGUCUGGAUAAUGUUGAUGAUUGAUCCCCUGUCGACCUGACCCAACCUGAUUUGCUGCAGAAGCUAGAUCUGAUAAUGUGAAGCCCCUGAUACGACCGAUUUGUUUAUAAAUGGGCAGUUACACAGGAGGCGACAGUGAAGGAGCAGCUAGACUGUGGGGUCAGAUAUCUUGACCUGAGGAUCGCACAUCGACCCAACGACACCUCUACUGACCUGUACUUCUACCAUGGAGUAUACACGACACUCACUGUAGAGACCGUUCUUCAGGAGAUCAGAACCUGGCUAGAUGUCCAUUCUAGAGAGGUGGUUCUGCUGUCCUUCAGUCACUUCCUGGGUCUGAACCAGGACCUCCACACUGGACUUAUAUCCACCAUCAGAACCAUCUUCACCUCCAGGCUCUGUCCAACUACGGACGUGGUGACGCUGAGGAACCUGUGGUCGUUGGGUUACCAGGUGAUUGUCUCCUAUGAGCACAGCAUGGUCAGCCUCUAUAGCGACCUUUGGCCUCACAUCCCCUACUGGUGGGCCAACAAGUGUAAAGCCGAGGAUCUGAUCGAGGAGUUCGAACACAGGAAACAACAUGGCCGCCCAGGAGGGUUCUUUGUGACGGGCAUCAACCUGACAGAGGAUCUGAAGUACAUCUGUUCUCACCCCACUGAGUCUCUGAAGGACCUGGUGAUGUCUACCUACCCUGCCCUGCUCUCCUGGGUCAGGGGCCAGCCCGGCUCCGACUCCCGCUCCCUCAACAUCAUAGCUGGGGACUUUGUCUCAGAGAGCCACUUCGUACCCACCGUCAUCGCACUGAAUCAACAUUUAGUCCACUGCACUGGUCCUUGUGAUGUUAGCAGAGGAAACUGACACAUCUGUUGUGUCCCAAAUGACCAUAUUACCUCUGUAGCCCAUAGGCCUCUGGUCAAAGUCAUGCGUGUAGGGAAUAGGGUGCCAUUUGGGAUGCAUUAUCUGACACAUCUGAUUGCACAGAAUACCAUGUUUUAACUAUGCUGUAGAAGAGGAUGGGACUGUAGCAUGAUACCAUGUUUUAACUAUGCUGUAGAAGAGGAUGGGACUGUAGCAUGAUACCAUGUUUUAACUAUGCUGUAGAAGAGGAUGGGACUGUAACAUGAUACCAUGUUUUAACUAUGCUGUAGAAGAGGAU